CCCCCUCCAGUCGGAAGGAAUCAUGGCGGCGUGCACGGUGCUCCGAAGUAUCUUCACCAAAAAUUUAUCCGAUAUACUCUUACUGAACUCACCUGCAGUGUGUCAAGUGCAUCAAACGCGAGGGACUAAGUCCUGGAGGCUCAUUGAAAAACCAAAACCAGGAAUCAAUGGCCAAGCAUACCGUAGGUUCGUCCACUUCAAGGAUGAGUACACUGUUGAACCUUUGCAGGUUACCAAUCUCGCGGGGCGGGAUCCCAUCACUGGUAGAGUCGUGGCGAAGGGCAUAGGCGGAGGAAUAAAGCAUAAAUACCACUGGAUUCAGUGGAAGCGAGACGGCCCUACAGAUAUAGACACUCCCCCAAAAGAGGAAAAAGUUCUCGCGGUCUUCGAGGACGGCUGCAGGACAGCGCACGUAGCUCUAGUGGGUUAUGGUUCUGAGUUAAAAUACUACCUGGCUUCGGAGAAUAUGAAGCCAGGCCAGAUAAUAAGGACAUCCCGUGCAAUUCCUCCAAUGGCAGUGCGAGCUGUUGAAGGGGAUGCCUAUCCUCUCGGAGCUCUACCAGUCGGGACCUCUGUUUACAAUAUCGAAAAGUACCCCGGGCAGGGGGGAGUUUUGAUCAAUGCUGCUGGCACAGCAGGCACCAUCAUCCGGAAAGAUGGACCUGAUCGUAUCAUUGUCCAGAUGCCUAGCAAGAGACUCUUCAGUCUUCACCAGUCGUGUCUGGCUUGUGUGGGACGAGUAUCCAAUAUUCUGCAUGGAGAGACGCCGAUUGGUAGCGCCCAGAAGAACAGAGAGCUGGGUAAUCGACCCAGGAGUGGUCUCUGGCAGAGGAAGACUGGCCGUUUUGGUAGGAAAAUUAAACCACCUCGUCCGAUCAAGCAUUACGACCCUGAUGGCGAGGAAAUCCAUGUCCAGCCGUUAAUACUCACCCAUCCUGAAUUCAACACUAACCUUGACUGCAUCAGGAAACCCACGGUGCCGGUUAAAAUUAUCAAACAGGAGCUCAGACCCUGGUAAUUUAAGACCAAUGGGAGAAGGGAGAGAUUACAUUGUCAGGUUAAUGUCAGUAAAGCAUAUUUAAUUGAAA